GUUUUUCGUGGUCGCAACUCACAGGUCGCGAAAGAGAACACAGACGGUCUCAUUCUAGAAUACUUGGUAAGGUAGGAGCGAGAAAAUAAAGCGCGCGCUUCACUGUGCUCGCCCGCAGGGGAAAAUCCACGAACAGGUCGCGGCUCCUGACCCCCACCCUUCAUCCGGAUUCUCUUCUUCCAUCCCUCUCUCCAACUCAAGUAAUCUCCCACAUCAUUUCUUUAGAGGGGAAAACAGUUUUCACUCAUCAUCUGCAUAAACCCUAGUUAUCUGCACUUCUAAGGGAAGUGCCGUCUUCUAUUGUUCCCGACGUGGUGCAAUCUUCGCCAUAAAAAGUGGCAAGUUUGAACUGAAAUGAUCUUGCUAUGGCCUGCUGGCGGCUGUCUUACAAUCACAUCUACUCGUUUUGGAGAAAUAUUGAUGGGAUAGGAGGGUGGCUUUGGGCGAGGCCAAUGGUUGGAAGCAAGAUGCUACGUGGCCGGUUGCCUGUGCAUUUCCGUUAUGGUUCAAUUACCUUGUCCAAAAAGGGUUAUUCCAAGCUGCCUACUUUUCCAAAAUUGGAGCCACUAAUUGCUGCCCAAGCAAGGCACUUGCAAAGUGAUCCAUGCGUUUCUUCUCAGGAUUUGAGAACCACAAAUCACAUACUAACUGAUUCAUCAAAAAUUAGCAAAGGUGAUGCCAGUGAGGAUCUUUCGAAUAAUCGAGUGAUGCUUGUUGAUGGAACUGCAAUUAUGUACAGAUCUUACUACAAACUUCUUGCAAAGCUGCAACAUGGUCUUUUGGAGCAUGCUGAUGGCAAUGGAGACUGGGUUUUAACCAUAUUUACAGCUCUAUCCCUUCUAUUUGACGUGUUGGAAUUCAUGCCCUCUCAUGUUGCAGUGAUAUUUGACCAUGAUGGAGUUCCAUUUGGUCACACUACUACCAUGCCAUCCAAAGAAUCUUACAUGGCAAAAGGCUUGACUUUCCGUCACAUGUUAUACCCCUCUUACAAAAGCAAUCGCAUUCCCACACCUGAUACUGUUGUUCAGGGUCUUCAAUAUCUGAAAGCAUCCAUCAAGGCUAUGUCCAUUAAAGUGAUUGAGGUUCCAGGCGUUGAAGCUGAUGAUGUAGUUGGAACUUUGGCUGUAAACAGCAUUUCUGCAGGGUACAAGGUACGGAUUGUCUCUCCAGACAAAGAUUUCUUUCAAAUCUUAUCACCUUCAUUACGUCUACUACGAAUUGCACCACGUGGGUCUGGGAUGGUUUCUUUUGGAUUGGAAGACUUUGCCAAAAGAUAUGGAGCGUUAAAACCUUCUCAGUUUGUUGAUGUUGUUGCACUUGCUGGUGACAAAUCUGACAAUAUUCCAGGAGUUGAAGGCAUAGGAGAUGUAAAUGCUUUAAAGCUUAUCACUAGGUUUGGUUCCUUGGAGAAUUUGUUGCAAUGUGUUGAUCAAGUUGAGGAGGAACGUGUUAAAAAGGCAUUGAUAUCAAAUGCUGAUCAGGCUCUGCUUUGCAAGAACUUGGCAACUUUGCGUUCUGAUCUUCCAUCAUACAUGGUUCCAUUUGAAACAUGUGACUUCGUGUUUCAGAAACCGCAGGACAAUGGAGAAAAAUUGAUAACCCUCUUGAGAGCUUUGGGAGCAUAUGCAGAAGGCUUCUCCGCGGAUCCUAUCAUCAGAAGAGCAUCUUAUUUGUGGAACAAACUUAGAACAUGAUUACUUUGUGCUGGUCAUCGAGAAUAUCUGGAGUCCCCGAGAGAUUAUCCUGGCCAAGAAAGAGCUAUUUAAGUGAAUAUCAUUUAUUGUUCGAGAUAUAGUGCCACUUCUGUGAUAUUGCUGCUGUUGUAAAUCAAACAGACAGUAGUGCUCAGAUGUGAUAAUAUCCAGCUUGCCGAAGGUCCCACUGUUUUUCCUACACAGUGAGGUAUAACCUCAUUCUCUUUUGCUCGAGUCCAUUGCUAUUGCUAUUGUUUUUGUUUUUGUUUUUUUUUGAUGUAUUGGAAGAAUAUUUUUCUUCUUCCAAGGAUCCCAUCCUGAAAGACCAUUGAAGGGCAGGAUUGGUGCUAGGUCACCAAGCGAUAAAGAUUGCACCCU